GUGGCUACCAGAACGGCUCGAUUUCUCCACAUGCGGGCCAGCAUUCGAGGUUCAGCUGCAGGCAGACACCUGCACUUGCUACUGCUUGCAUUUCCAUCACUGCGCCCCGUUUGAGCCUUCCCACAACAUCCUCCAGUGCGUUUGAGUGUUGCGAGUUGAUGCCGCGCCCCGGUGAUCUCGAUUGGAGAUCUAAACUCCGGCCGGAAUCUGAAAGCCAGCCGAGACCAGACCUGCGCUUGCAUCAGGCAAAGAAAGGUAGGUGAGCGGCACAGCCAAGACGUUUCUUGCUUUUAAGCCCCCCCCGGCAGACCUCACCGAGAGCUGCAAGCUAUUCCUCAACAAGCGCCGGGAAAUGGCAGACGCGGAAGAGCCACGGUUCACAACGCUCGCGGAGCGCAUUGCUGCUCUCAACCAGCAGAAGAACUUCCAGGCUCCGCCAUUGACUGCUGGCAAACGACCUCCGCCUCCGCCGCCGCCGGUCCGCUCGUUGACCGAAGAUGUGAGCAAGGCCGCAUCAGGCUCCCGGCCCGCUUCUGUCGGGGCCAGCCCGUCAAUUCCACCGCGGCCGGUCCGCACUGUCUCGGAGAAGCUGCCGCCGCCGCCGCUUCCACCGCGUACCACGGGGCAGGAGAAUGGCGACCAGACGCCCGAUCUCUCCCCCGGUCACCCCGGGGCCCCUCCGCUGCCAUCGCGCAACUCACAACUAGCAACGCCACAGGCGACCCCGCCAAAUCUGCCCGCUCGCCGACCUUCUGCCCAGACCCUUUCUGUUAGGAGAAACUCGAACGCUUCCGAUGUGUCGCAGUUGUCUACCGUGUCUAGCCUGUCGUUGAACCAGACCAGGUCUGCCCCCAACGGAGGGUCGGAGACGCAGACCCCAAGGAGACUCCCACCGCCGCUUGAGCAAGCCAAGCUCCCGCCGCUGCCCCCAACUCGGCGCGAGCUCGAGGCGAAGGCAAAGGAGGCGGCCGCGAGCGAGACGCCGACCCUCCCACCCCGCCGCAUAACCGAGCCGCCCAAGCCCUCUUUGCCUCCCCGGCUCCCAUCGAGGCCGGGCAAUUCGCCGGCAGUCGCGGCCCCGGAGGAGCCAUCACCAGUCCUGCCAGCCCGGCGCCUGCCGCCUUCCCGGCCGGCCGGCUUCCAGGCAAAAUCCGCGUUAGAAUGUGGUUUCAGCAGCAGCAGCAGCGGCGGCGGCGGCCGCGCGUCCAAGCCAUCCCCGCCUCUAGCACCGCCUCCCAUACCCCUAAGCUCCCGGCCCAGCAUCGCCGAGAUCGAUGCCGUAGCAAACCGCGUCGCUGCGGCGGCAGCCCCCCUGGCCCGGCCCCCGAGCCAGGACUGCCUUCCCUGCCGCGACUUCUCCGUGCCGGACGCGCUCGCAGCCCAACACCCGACUUCGUCCAUCCCACGCCACGCCGACCCGAUCGGCCACCUGGCCCACGUCCUCUGCGCGCCGCUCCCCUCGCCCACGGACAAGGCGCGGGCCAUCUUCACCUGGCUGCACCACAACGUCGUCUACGACGUGCACGGCUUCUUCAACAACUGCAUCCCGCGCGGGCAGACGCCCGCCGACACCAUAUACUCGGGCAAGGCCGUGUGCGAGGGGUACGCGCGCGUGUACGAGGCGAUCGCGACGCGCGCGGGCCUCGAGUGCGUCGUGGUGACGGGCCACGGCAAGGGGUUCGGGUUCCGCCCCCUCCGGGCCGGCCAGCCGCCGCCCCCGCGCGACCCGACGGGCCACGCGUGGAACGCGGUCCGCAUCGACGGCGGCCGGUGGAAGCUGGUCGACGCCUGCUGGGGCGCCGGCGCGGUCUGCAACGGCCAGUACCACCAGCGAUUCGCCCCCGAGUGCUUCACCAUGAGCAACGAGCGCUUCGGCGACCGCCACUUCCCCGCCGACGACAGGCACUGGUACCGCAGGGACGGCCGCCGUCCCACGUGGGAGGAGUACAUGAUGGGUCCCGCGGGCGACGAGCCGGCCGAGUGGAUGGGCGACGCCACCCGCGAGGGGCUGGACCAGGGCAACUUCGCACCCAUGCAGCGGCGCAUCAGCGCGAACGGCGCCGGGACGGUGCGGUUCCGGUUUGCCAAGGUGUGCGAGCACUGGCUGCCCGAGAAGAACGGGCCGGGCAAGCAGAUGCUACUAAUAUCAUCCUUCAACACCCCGACAUGGACCACGAACCCGGAAUUCGACCUCAGACCUUCCGACAGCAACCGAUCGGGCACCCGCCAGGUGUGA